AAUUGGCGAUUGGUGUUAAAUAGAGACAUAUCAUCGUAAAAUGCACCGAGGAAGAACAAAAGCUGCUAGGAACAAAGACAUUUAGGAAAAUUAAGCGACAAAUAAGGUUUGCUUGUAUUCACUAUACCUAAACUUUACCCUCCUGUUUCCUUAUCUAAAUAAAUGCCGCUUAUUUUAUUGACUGUAAUUUUACCACUACUGCUGUCGUUACUAUUAACAUUUACGACCACUACUACCAACCUCGCUGUCGUCGCCCAAGAAGACAAUAAUGAUGGUAACAGUAUAAAUGAGCCAUUCGUCGUACAGCUGCCGAGCACCGCAUCAGGAAUCGAAAUUCCGUCAUAUUCUCAUGGCUUCUCCCUCGAAAUGAGUCACUGGACCACUGUAUUCGGUACGCGGAGCGACAAACAAAGUGCUGGAUUCCUUCAGCUGCUACGUAACAUCGAGGAUCGACGAGGCGCCUUGAUGAUCCGGUUAGGAGGCAACUCCCAAGACGCCGCGUCUUCGGACGAAAGCAUCAGCGCGCCGAUCGCAAAAACGGGCGAGCAAGCAACACGCACCAACAGUGGCGCCACUACAUACAACAUAAAAGUGCAUAGUAAAUUGUUUGAUGCCAUGCGUCGACUCAGCAACAUCGUUGCGAUCAAAUGGACAGUGGGGCUCAACUUUGAAAAUGCGGGCGAUAUGGAAAGCGCUCUGAGUUUGGGCAAGGUUGCUGUAGACAAGCUCGGCGACUUGCUUUAUGCAGUCCAAAUCGGUAACGAGCCUGACUUGUAUGCAAAGCACGGUUUACGAUCCGAUGGAUGGGGCGUUCAAGACUAUACGGGCGAAUGGGUUGCCUGGGCAACGCAACUGUCACAACAUUUUUAUAACAACGACGAUAACCAACGACAACGCAAUAUCUUCUCGGGUGGCGUUAUUUGUUGCACCUGGCACCUCCAAGACUUGUUAGAUAGUGGCUACUUUGAGCGCAGCAAGGAGCUUAUCAAUUCGAUCACUGUGCAAAAAUAUAGUUCUAAUGCAUGCUUUGGUGUCGCCAAGGGCGAAAUCGAUGAUUAUCUCAGCCAUGCAUGGAUCACUUCGCUGCCACGGAAGAUGUACCAAGAACAGGCCCAGGUGAUCACGGGCAGCGGCAAAGAAUUGGUCAUGGGGGAAACCAACACAGCGGCAUGUGGUGGCAUUCAAGGGAUUUCCGACACUUUCGUCUCGGCGCUCUGGUGGGUCGACUGGCAACUGUUUCUGUACUCGAUCAGUUUCUCGUCUGUCGAACUUCAACUAGGUGGACCCAAAGCACACUAUAACCCAAUGUCCAAAAUCGGCAGCAGUUGGACAGCGAAUCCCAUCUAUUAUGGCUCGUUGGUAACAGCGGAAGCCCUUGGCCCAUCAGACACAGCCGCACAGGUCGUGCAUAUUGAUCUGCCAUCGGACUCACAAGCUGCAUACGCUAUUUUUCACAAGCAGCAAUUCACAUAUGCAGUGUUGAUCAAUUUUGAUCCAGACAAUGAAGCUGUAUUUCCACUACAACCGCAGCAGGAGGGCUGGAUACCCGUGGAUGAUAGUGAUGGCAUUGCGAAGCUCAAGGUGAAGCGAUUGACAGCAACAAGCUUACAAGAACGACAUGCGAUCCAAUGGGCAGGCCAAACAUUGCAUAAUGUAUCGGAUGGUCGUUUACGAGGAGAUGUUGCCAUUGAGGAAGUGAUAUGCAGUGCGCCUGAUCGGUGUGAGGUUACACUACCUAAGAGUUCGGUUGCAUUAGUCGGACGGCAUUUGGAUUAUUUCAAUGGCACGGCUGUCACAGAUGAUCCAUACGAUGUCAGUGGUCUUGUAGGCAGCAACGGCGAUAACAACAAACCGGUCUCCUCAAAUCCCUUAGCAUUCACAAGCGCCACUAGCAGCAAAGUCGCUAUCGCUAUUGGAUAUCUCUUACCCUUAAUGCUUGUUGCACCCGUUUUUUUCCUUCAUCAUGUGUUAAUCACCAUCUUCUUAUAACACGCUUCUUUGUUCUUUUCAUAUGUAAUUCCUACAAUGUACAGUACUA